GCCUGGUUUAAGCUUGCCAGAAUGAACGGAACCACCGACAUCUGCAACCACUGCCGGAACAUAAUCAGAGAAAAGGAAAAAGGAAUGAAGAUGUCAAGACACAUAUCAACAGGACCAAGCUCAUUUAUUCCAGAAAAUGAGAUCAUAGGAGCCAUGCCUCUGAGUGACUCCACAGUGAUGUUCUUAGACGAAGAGUUCAGUGGUCGUAUGGACAACAUGACGCAGGUGAUGGGGCUUCACCCACAUUAUCUGCAAGCAUUUCUCCGCUGCCACUAUUAUCUCCUGAGGAUGGACGGCCCACUACCACUUCACUACAGGCAUUAUAUCGCUAUAAUGGCUGCAGCACGGCAUCAGUGUUCCACGCUGGUCUGUCAGCAUGUGCAAGAGUUCGAGCAGAUAGGUGUCUGUUCUGAUUGGCUGAGAGGUCUGGAGUUCUGCCCACAACGACUUCGCAACCUCAACGAGAUUAACAAGAUCCUCGCGCACAGACCUUGGCUCAUUACCAAGCAACACAUACAGGCUCUGGUGAAGACAGGAGAACACAGCUGGUCUCUGGCAGAGCUGGUUCAUGCUGUCGUACUGUUGGCUCAUUUCCAUGCCUUGGCUAGUUUUGUAUUUGGUAGCGGUGUCAACACAGACCCUGAGGUCACAGAGGUCAACGGGGUCACGGAUGACCUUUGCCCUCCAGGCAUGGCGGGUUUAUGCACCUGCCACCUAACAAACAGCAACCAAGCCAACGGGAACCCCGUGUGUAACCCUGACACUGGGAGUGAGCUGAAAGCUCUGAUGGAGAGAAUGAAGCGAUUGUUGGAGGAGAGAGAAGACGAUGAUGCGUCAGAGGAGGAGAUGUUCACUCGUUUUGAGAAAGAAAAGAAAGAGAGUCUUCUAGUGGUGUCUGCAGGGUUUGAUGAGGAAGUGGUGCCUCCUUCUCCCGUGGCUCGGUUUGUAGACGACCCGUCAUUUGGGUACCAAGACUUUGCGCGACACGGAGAAGACAACCCACCCACUUUUAAAGCACAAGACUACUCAUGGGAGGAUCAUGGUUUCUCUCUGGUGAACAGGUUGUACUCUGACAUCGGUCACCUUUUGGAUGAUAAAUUCAGAACGGCAUGUGAUCUUACCUAUUACAACAUGGCCAGUCACGAGGGGGUGGACACCAGCAUGCUGCGCAGGGCUCUCUUCAACUAUGUUCACUGUAUGUACGGAAUACGAUACGACGACUAUGACUACGGUGAGGUGAAUCAGUUGUUGGAGCGCAGUCUGAAGGUUUACAUUAAAACAGUGACGUGUUAUCCGGAGAGAACCACUCGCCGCAUGUACGAGAGCUACUGGCACCAGUUCAGACACUCUGAGAAGGUUCAUGUGAAUUUGCUUCUAAUGGAGGCUCGAAUGCAGGCCGAGCUGCUCUAUGCUUUGAGAGCCAUCACUCAUUAUAUGACCUGACCAACCAGACUCCACCAAUUAUAUGACCGGACCGAUUAGACUUCAUCUUUUAGGUGACUCGACUAAUCAGACCUCACCCUCAAUAUAUGGACAUCAUUAGACCUAAAUGUAACCAAAAGUUGUUGUUGUUUUUUCCAUCAUGGUACAUGUCAUUAGCAAUUACCUUUGCAUAUAGUUUUGAAUUCUUACAAUUGUGUCCAAAAUAAUGUACACAUUUUCUUAGACUGUUCAGAUUGGUAACUAAAUGAAGGACACUGAAUACAAAGCAUUCUGGGUAUAAUCCCAAACAUCAAAAUGGGAUCUAAUGGCAUGUUCAAAUAAAUAGUCAUCCAGAAUUGUGGGUGGGCAGUCAUGACUUUUACUGGAUUAAAAUAUAACCCUUAAUGGUCAGACAAAUCCCAACAUUAAAACAGAAUCAAAUCCUUGGACUUGACCUGUUCAAUCAGACGACGUCAUUUAUGAAAUCAUGACUUGACAAAUCACGAUAACGUGCAAUAUCUUCUCACUGAAAUCUCACUUAUACUGUAAGCUGAAAUACUGGAGGACUGAGUUCACAUUUUGAAACAGGAAGUUGUCUUUUUUUUUCUCGUACUGUAUUUUGGAACAGAACACUGUUUUCCUUUUGUAUUAUCGUCAUAAAUGACAAUAACAGAAUGUGAGACUCCUGUAUGGAAAGUAUUUUCUUUCUUUCUUUUUUUUAAUCCCUGUGCCUUUUUUCUUUCAUUUCACAUUGAAUGUAUUGUUUAGAUUUUUAGCAAUUUGUUUCUAUGCUUUUCAGAUCAACUUGGUUUGGUUUAGUUGUUUACCUGGAAACUAAAGCUUUUGUAGCAUUAUUACUGUACUAUCAGUCCUUUACUAUUUCCUUUGAUCCUCAGUGUUAUGCUUUAGAUAGCAACAUUCAUUUUUAAUAUACAUGUUACUGCCACCUGCAAUAGCCCUACUAAUUGCAUCUCAUAACUUUAUUUCUGUGUGCGUGUGUGCGUGCGUGUGAGCUUUAACAUGUAGCUGAAUGUCUGUCUGUGUAGGACAAAGUAUUUGCACAUCUGUUGUGUAUUUUUAUUUUAUUUUUUUAAUUGGUGCACUUCUGUGAAAGAAACCCAUGAACAGGAGCAUGUGAUAUAUGCACGAUUGCCUGUAGGGAGCGUCUGGAAACUAACUACUUUUGAUACUAUUGAUGUGAUCAUUACUGUCCAUCAUACCAGUUCUCAAAGGUUUAUUUAUAUCGCUUUAAGAAUUAUUACUUCAUAUUUGCACAACUCUAAUCAAGGUGCAGCAUCAGUGUCCUUUAAAAAUAGAUUGUGUCUGAAAUUAAAUGUAUGGUGAAAAGAUAAGCUUUUUAGAAGGAGACAAAGUGUUGCCUGGUCCAGCCUCAUGGACAGUGCCUUAUUCAUGUUUAGAAGCACAGGUUAUGAUUUCAUUUAGUCAAAUGUACACCAGAGAUUGUUCCAUAUGUAUCAACGGAGUAGGUAAAUCUGUCUUUAAAGUGCCUUUCAAACUUAGUUGCAAGUGUUUCAAAGCAUAUGCAGCAGAUUCAGUGGCAAAUCUUCUUUGAUUAAUAGGCAUAUGUUGCAUUUCCUACGUGUUUAAUCUGAUCAAGGUGGUGCUAUGAAGCUUUCAUGUUCUCCACUCAUUAUAAAUGUAUACAUUUCCAAAAUGCCCAUCACAGACCUGUAUGUUUCAAUAAAGUUUCUAAACAAA